AUGCUCGCCCCGCUGCUGCUACUACGCUAAUAAACAGUCGUUAUGUUUUAUGUUGGGAUUCGUCCUUCCAUGGAAACGGCAUCCCACAUCUGAUGACCCGGGAACUGAACAAAGCGCACCACCAUGGCUGACCCAGAAGCCCUCACCGCUCUGCGCCGGCAAGUGCAACAACUUCAACAGGAGCUGCAGACCAAGCAACAGCAGCAUUCUCACAACGCCUCCACAACCGAGGCCGUGCUUGCCAGUUCCGCUGACGACGUGAGAGCUCCCACAGGAAGCAUCCCGCACGCUGUCUCAUACGGCACCUGGCGUGUCGCUGUCAAGCUCCCGCCGUUUUGGGCGGACUCGCCUGACGUAUGGUUCGCCCAAGUCGAGGCCCAGUUCUCCCUGGCGCGCAUCACACAAGACCGGACCCGCUACGACUACGCCGUCGCCCACCUGGACGCCCGCUACGCCAACGAGGUCCGGGAUAUCCUCGCCAACCCACCAACGGCCAACCUGUACGAAUACCUCAAGACCGAACUCAUCCGCCGGCUGUCACUCUCGGAAGACCAGAAAUUGCGACAACUUCAGUCCGCAGAACUUGCCGAGCGCAAACCUUCGCGGUUACUCCGCCACAUGCGUGCUCUCGCGGGUAACAUGGAAGUCCAGGAAUCUUUGCUGCGAUCACUCUGGCUCCAACGACUUCCCCUGCACGUUCAGGCAAUUCUGCGGGCUCAGCUGACGCUACCUCUCUUCCAACUUGCCGAGGUCGCUGAUUGCGUCAUCGAGGUCUCCUUGCCGCAGUUGUCGCCCACCAUCCAGGCUGUCGCCGCACCGCUGAACACCACGGAGCUUGCACGCCGUAUAAACGACACCGACCGGCAGCUCACCUUCAUUGAACAACGCCUGGGUGAAGGUCUUCCGAUGCACCAGCGCCGCCACUCGCAAAGCCGCGACCGUAACACCACUUCGUCGCGGCAACCCGACAACGGCCGCCCGUGUUAUUACCACCGACGCUUCGGGGACAGAGCCCGGCAAUGUCGACCACCCUGUUCCGCUGGACAUGCGGAAAACGCCAACGGCAGCUCGUAG